AUGGAUUGGGCGCAGCAGCAGGGCUUGAGCUUGCCGCUGCCGCGAUCCGGGUACCAACCACCACGGAUGCAGUACCAGCAUGCCGGCAGCCGCAGCGGCAUGCCGCCGUUCGCACGCGGCGGCGGAACCUACAGCCGCGGACAGAAGCAGUUCUACCCGCCGCCGCCGCCGCCGCCGCCUCCCCUCCUGUCGGCCGCGCUGCCUCUGCCGCCGCAGAACAAGUAUGAGGUGCUCAUGGAGGCCGGCCGCCUCGUUGCCGAUUACCUGGUGGCGAAGGGCGUGCUCCCACCGGGCUCCCUGCAGCAGCGCGCGGCACACAGCCGUCGCUGGAGGGUGGGGCCAGCUGCCGCCGCCGCCUCCACCUCCACUGCCGCUUUCGGUGACACAGGAAGCCCCAGCAUACUAUGGUGCAAGGAAUGGCCGGCGGCAGAUUGGACAAAGGAUAGGGUGAGGAACAGGCGGUAUUCUGAUAUCCAGAGUUAUGAUGAUGAGGAUGACGAUGGGGCUCCUGGGUUCAAAAGGGAGCGCCGAAGCGGUGGUGGGAUUGACGAGGUUGGUAGUAGCGUGUUGGGGGUGGCUGGGGAGGGGCCAUCAUUGAAGGUGGAGGCGAUGGGGGAGUCGGAGCUGGAGGAUACUGGGUCAAAGGCUAGUUCUAACAGCAAUGCCCAGCAGAAAGUUGAUGCUUCACAAGAGGUGGAGGAUGAAAAUGAGGCAAACAAAAUGCAGGAGAAUAGUGUGGUAGAGACAAAACAUUUGCCAGUGUCCUCAGGUGAAAAGGUCUCAGAUGGGAGGCCUGAAGAUAGUGGUGUUCUGACUGACAAGGUUGAAGAUGGCAGUGCUUUGCAUGAGAAGGCUGAAGAUGACACAACGUCAGAAGAGGUCUCUGUUAUGGAGAACAAUUUGCCUAAUGACACUAGAAAUUUGCUAAACUAUUGUAGUUUUGCAAGAGUUCCAACAAGACCAAGAUCAGUGCUUGCAAACAGGAAUGUUGGACCAGCUCAAAGAGAAAUUGCUGUGUCCGAACAGGUCAAUCCAGUUACUGCUGAAGAAAUGUCCCAGAUGGCAAUGGAUGGAGAAGCUAACACCAAUUCCGUAACUAGCAUCGAGGAAGACAGUAAAGAUGAGCUGGUUGGCCAAGACCAAGAACAUGCUGAACAAAGCACUAUCUGCAAUCAAGUGGCAGAAUCAGUGACAUUCCAUGAAAAGGAAACACGAGGUGAAACUGAAGAAAUGGAAGAACAGAAGAACAUCCCUCGACAUUAUGAAGUUGAGGAUAAUAAGGAGACGAAUGAACUGUCUCCUACAUUUGCUUCUUGUCAGAAUAACUUCAAUUUGCAAGUUGAGAAAGGAAUACAAAUUUACAAUUUAGAUACACCACCACAAGAUGAAGUGUUGAUCGAUCCACCUGAUAAAGGGAAAACAGUUGAUUUGGAGUUAUUACCUAUAUCAAAGCAGAAGAUGCUGUUACAAUGGAAGAGGAAAAGCUUGGCCAGUCUAGCUCAUUUAAAAUAUGUGAUCUCAACCUGGUUGGUAGUCCAGAGGUUGCUGACAUGCGAGGCAGUUCAAGUUAUUGAUAUCGAAGAUGGCUCACCAAUUGAAGCUGGUGCUUGUGACACUUCAAAAUUAAAAGGUGAGAUGGUAUAUUCUAGCAUGGAGGGCAUGAUGAACCCUCCGACGAACACCGAUGCUCUACAUGGUAUCCAAGAUGGUUAUAGUCUUGCAAUUUCAGAUUACCUCGGUGCUGAUAUGUCAUGCUACCAAUCAAUACAAACAGAACUUCAAGAUGGAAUGGGCCUAAAUAGUUCAGAGGGCAUAACUGUGAUGGAUGAUCCAAUAUACAGUUUUCUUGGUGACAUAGGUUUUAUGGAGGUUUGGGACCAGCAACCUCAAGACUAUGAAAAGUUCUUCUGA